AUGUCCUUCCCGACACGAUCCCUUUCGACCCGGCUCCCUGGGGCGGGGUCGCAGAACGCUUCAGCAGGCCCGUCGCCCAUGCUGGUUGCGCGCAUUGCCGAGAAGAAGGCCGAACUAGAGCACCUGAAGGAGCUGCGUGACCUCAGCGCUGCCGUUGCAGGACAGAUGGAGGCCCUGGAGCAGAAGCUGGCGACCCUCUCCGAUGGGACGGAAGCAAUUGCCAUGGUCAUUGGCAACUGGCAUAAUGUGCUGCGUGCCAUCAACAUGGCUUCCGCACAACUCGCCAAGCCGCAGAGAGAAGAACCGUUGGAACCGGCAGACGCCAGCCUCCCUCUCCCUCAGACGCUGGUUCGCAUUCCGACGGAGCAUGCCCCGACGCUCCAGGCGCAGGCCGAAAGCGUGGCGGAGUCCGCAGAGAACAGCAUGGCCACUCCUUGA